CGCGCGUGUGAGUGUGUGUGUGUGUGUGUGUGUGUGUGUGUGAGCGUGUGUGUGUCUGUCUAGGGGGAGUUAAUGAUUUACCAGAGGCUCAUUUCACAGCUUACCAAGGGUCAGCUUCCCUUGGGCAUGUACAAGUUCGACCUUCUGGGCUCCUCACCCCUUGCCAGCUUCCACCUGGAAGGUCCCCCAGGCAGCCCGCAGCAUGAUCUCCAUCACCGAAUGGCAGAGGAAGAGGGCAGAGAGGUAGUUCCCAAGGUCCAGGAGAAGUGGUGAAAACUGUGGCUCUGUAAGUUUCAAUUGGAGAUUGGUGUGGGCACCACCGGCUUCGGCAUCUUCUUUAUCCUCUUUGGAAUGCUCCUGUACUUUGAUUCGGUGCUCCUGGCCUUCGGAAACCUGCUGUUCCUCACCGGCCUCUCCCUCAUCAUCGGCCUGAGGAAGACGUUGUCCUUCUUCUUCCAGAGGCACAAGCUCAAGGGGACCAGCUUCUUCCUGGGGGGCGUGGUCAUUGUGCUCCUGCGCUGGCCCCUCCUGGGCAUGUUCCUGGAAACCUAUGGCUUCUUUAACCUCUUCAAGGACUUUUUCUCUGUCGCCUUUGGCUUCUUGGGCAAUACCUCCAACAUCCCCUUCCUGAGCAUGCUGUUCCGGAGGCUUCAAGGCACCAGCUCAAUGGUCUGAACAGCAGAGAUAAGCUGCUUGAACUUGGAUCAUUGGUUGAAGGGGCUGGAAAGGAAAUGGGGGCCACCCCCUUAGGCCCCCACCCCACACUGACUCAUCUCCCCAUCAUACCCGGACCUCUCCAAGUCCAGAAGGAAGGAUGGAGCCGAGUGACUGACCUCAAAUCCCCAAGUCAACGCAAGAAGCUAUCAGGACAGUUGGGAGCAGAGAUCCAGGUCCCACGGAUAUUGAACGGGGAUCACACCCCACCCUGUAUUUAUCAGAGGAAAAGCAAAGAUUAAAUCCCCAAGCUGGGGCUUCCCUGGUGGCGCAGUGGUUGAGAAUCCACCUGCCAAUGCGGGGGACAUGGGUUCGAGCCCUGGCCUGGGAGGAUCCCACAUGCCACGGAGCAACUGAGCCUGCGCUCUGGAGCCUGUGGUCUGCAACAGGGGAAGCCAAGACAAUGAGAAGCCCCCGUACUGCAAUGAAGAGUAGCCCCCGCUUGCCUCAACUAGAGAAAGCCCAUGAGCAGCAACGAAGACCCAAC